CCGUUAAGACGCAACAAAAUCGUAAUCGAGCACACGAGCGUGAUAAUCCGCAAAAUUCCGUCAAACCUGUCAUGUGAUUUAUAUUUUUCACGAAAUUCUCGAAGCAAAAAUUACGCCCCGCAAAAUGACCGAUCAACAGCGCUAUCCGGUGGCCGAGCGUAACCACCGUGCCAAAAUGAAGUUCCUGGACGGAAUGAAAACCUACUACGAAUCCAAGCGAAAAGUUUCCAUUGAAUCGCUUCAGACGGAGGCAGCCAGCCAGAAAUGUGCCGUGCCGAAAAUCGACUUGUCCAUUCCGGGGACACCGGUAUGUUCGCGCUACCUGCGACGUAGACGGGAAUCGGAAUCUGAAGUGACACUGCCAAAAGAACCAGCGCCGCUACCGAACGAAAUCGUAAUUAGCAGCUUGGUGAUCGAUAAAUUCCUGAAGGAAAUGAAGGCGCUUGGUACCGAUGAACCGGAUGGUAAGGAGCAACAGGCUGAGGUCGUACAGCUGGAAAGCGAUAGUUCGGAUAGUGGUCAGGAAGAGCAAGGAGAAGUGGCACAGCAGUACUUUAAGGAAUCGGAGCAAAAGCAUGCCUAUCAUCGCUCGUUUAGUGAAGCUGUGCAAACAUUGCACAGCUCCGAGGUCAAGAGUCCAGUUGUGAAGCGAUACUUUGAAGAGUCAUCUGCGAAACAUACGUAUGCUAGAGAUUUCAACGAAGCAUUCAACGAAUUGAACCCAUCGGAUAAACAGGACGAUCCAUUGAAGGACAACGCUGCAGCCACAACCAAAGGUUAUAAACCAUCGGUACCGGGAACGCCCAUCAAUUCGAAACAUCUGGAUAAAUUCAAGAAGCAGAAUUACAUAAGUGAUUCUUCCGACGAUGAAGACGAAGAUGAUAGCGCAGCCGAUCGUGACGCAUCAAAUUUAGCCAAUCCUUUGAAUACAUUCAUCAAGAAAAUGGAAACACUGAAAGCAGCAACACCUGUUGAUAUAAGUGAAACGAAGAAAUCACGAGACAAGCAAUUCUCGGUAGAAGAAUAUCUGAGUGCUUCCGAAUCGAAGAAGAGUUACGCGAGAUCGUUCUCUCAAGCAGCGCAAGCUUUGUAUUCGACUGAAGUCAAGGACCCAGCAAUCAAGGAUUAUUUCGACCAAUCCGUAGCGAAGAAAACUUUCCGUCGUGAGUUUUCCGAGGUGUACCAGGAAAUACAGCGAGAAGAGCUUCCUAAAUCGGAACAACCGCAACAAGUCAUCGAUGAACGGAUGGAGCAGAAAAAGGUUUACGAGGACGCAGCAGUUAAAUAUGACUCGUUGGAAGAGUUGUUUGGAACAUUUGAACCACCAAAGUUGGAGAAGAAGCCAGUUCAAACUGACUUCUCAGUCAACUCGUACAUGUCUUCUUCCGAUGCUAAAAAGACAUAUGUGAGAAGUUUUUCUGAGGCUGCGCAAACACUGCACACGAGCGACGUAAAAAAUCCUACAGUUCGUGAUUAUUUUGACCAGUCCGAAGCGAAACAAUCAUUCCGAAGAGAGUUCUCUGAAGUAUACCAAGAGGUAGACGUGACAGAAAUUACACGUGAUAUUGUACCAACCAAACCGAUAUCAUCUGACCAGCUGAAAGAUAACAAACAGAGCGAAAAUCCAAUUUCGCGCUCCAACGCCAAUGAUGGAUUAUCUGUGGAAGGCUGGCAAAAGCAGCAACCACCGAGAAGUAUCUCCGUGCCCGGAACGCCCAUCAAUUCACGAAAGCUGUACCCAAAGGAAAAGCCAUCGAGCUCCGUCGAAUCGAAACCAGAGAGAGAUGGCAGUGGUGCGCCGAACAGGACGGGCAGCCAGUCGGAGAUGACGGUAAGGGAGCAUGCGGAGAAUGCGGCUUCUGCUUCGGUACGAGGUCGUGCCGUGUCUGCCGCUGAAAACAGUAUGGAAAACGAGUUUUGGAAGAGCUUUGGUGCAUCUUAAUAUACUGGCGAUUUUGUUACAUUAUUUGAAUGAAUAAAG